AGCUGCGUAAAUUGCGUAUCUAUCUUGUAGUUUCAAUGAUCACAGGAAACGACAGAUUCUGUCAUUUGUUUAGCUUGGUAGGUAAUGUGAACCCAAUAUUGUCGUUCCUUCUCUGAACGCAAUAACUAGUUGGGUUAUUUUUGUUAUGUUAGCUAGUUAUUUCUCCAUUAUGAAACGGCAAGCGGAAAAUAGCGGCUGCUAACGUUAGCUGUGAAGACAACGCCUGUGCCAGUCGGUGCGCAGUGGGGGAUUGUGGGUGUGCUGUGCUCUCCAUAGGUAAACAUGUGGUGGUUCCAGCAGGGCCUGUGUGUGUUGCCUGUGGCCCUGGUCACUUGGACCUCAGCCACUUUUGUCUUCGCCUACAUUACAGCGGUGCUGCUCAGACACGUGGACCCACUGGUCCCCUACAUCAGUGACACUGGAACAAUGCCGCCUGAGCGGUGUGUCUUUGGGAUCAUGCUCGACAUAUCCUCUUUCUUAGGAAUUGCAACCACGUACGUACGGUACAAGCAGGUUCAAGCCCUGACAGCCCAGGAUGACACCGGACUUCAUCGGCUCAACAUCCUCGGCCUGAUUCUGGGCUGCAUGAGCUCCCUUGGGAUGUGUGUUGUGGCUAACUUCCAGAAAACCACCCUGUUCUCCGUGCACAUGGUCGGGGCGGUGCUCACCCUUGGCGUGGGGGCGGUAUACAUUCUGGUGCAGACGCUGGUGUCCUACCGCAUGCAGCCUCACGUCCACGGGAAGGGCAUCUUCUGGGCACGGCUGGGGGUGGGGCUCUGGAGCUCCGUCAGCGUUGUCAGCAUGUUCGUGUCCUCCGUGAUCAUGUACAGCAGUCUGCCCGGGGUGGACGUGGAGAAGAAGCUGCACUGGAUCCCAGGAGAAACCGGCUACACUGCCCAUAUCAUCAGCACCAUAUCGGAGUGGUCCCUGGCCCUCUCCUUCGUCAGCUUCUUCCUGACCUACAUUCGUGACUUUCAGAAAAUAACGCUGCGAGCGGAGGCGAGCUUGCAGAGCAACCACUUGUACGACUCUCCACACUACAACGUGAGACUGCCUGUGAGCCAUGGAGAAAUUUCUCCACUCCUGGGUGGCAGCACCUGACCAGCGCGCCCUCUGCUGGCAUGGAAGUUCAGUUGCCGUUUCCCUGACCAUGGCAACACUUAAUCAUGCUGCACACAAAACGGACACCUUCCUGACUACAUCAAGGAAGAGGACGUCAGUAGAGAAGUUCUCCUGCACCGGGCCUAUGCUGUCCAAUUUGGACAGAAAAUGGAAAUGUCCCACAACAGGGAGCUGUAUUUACAGUGAAUGUGCACUGUAGCCGCACAGACCUUUCACUGAAGAUCUUUUCACUCAUAAUAAUGCAAUGUACAGUUGGUGAUUAACUGUAAUUAAUCUCAGAUUCCUUAAAUCACAGCCACUAAUUUCUGUAAUAAUUACUCAAUAUUCAGCAAACAACUGACAAAUCAGUAACCGUUCAUUUGUGAAUGGAAUAUGACCAGAAGUAGAUUUCUAGGGUUGACAGGCAUUAUAUGACAGGCAUUAUAUGUAUGAUUCAUAUUCCAAUAAUAACUCAAAAUGGAUUGGAAAAUGUCAUAUAAUCAUUAGCUUCAGUUUCACUGGUACCAGAUGACUGCUAGAGCGCCGCAGAUUAAUGUUUUAGGCAUUACCUUGCAAGCCCACCAUCUCCAGACAAACCAGCAUUUAGUACUUUUUACAGAAUUGGAUAUUUACUUGCUUACUAGCUUCAUGAAAUCAGUCCUUGUGACCAGAUCUGGGUCUAGGCCUAGGCAACAUAAAUGAUUGCCUAAGGUCUGCUAAUUGCAAAGCCCCCUGUGUGCCCGUGUAGGAUAGAACUCAAGAGGAUCUCCAAUAGUUUAGAACCGGGCCUGUUCGUGACCCUUUAAAAUGCCCCUGCAGCAGUGGUAGAUGUGACAUGAGCAUCUGGGGGGGAGACCGCUUUGUGUUCCAGUGCGUUGAGCUACUUCUGCUUAAAUAAAUACAGCGACGAUAUUGGAUGAUGAAAGAAAGUGAAAUGUAACAAUUCUGAGAAUUCAAGCUGGGAAUUGUGAGAAUCCCGAGGGGUCUCUGAGUGACAGUGGCAUCUUUUAAAUAACACAGGAAAAACCUUCCUGAUAUAGUAACUGAAUAUGAAUACAUUGUGCUUUAACCAAUUUCAGAACUGCUGUUUAUCUACAGAUAUUAUUCAUAGCAACAUUUAAUCAAAGUACAUUUUUGUUACCUAUAGUCCUUUUGGCUUGUCAUGCUUACUUGCAGGGCUCGUGACAGUAACUACCUAUUUAAGUUUGUUGGGCAGGAUAAGAAUAUGUUGUUACUCUAGGGUGCCUAAAGUGUGCAGAGGCACAGAACUGUAUGGCUGUUCGGUUGUCAUGAAACUGCAAGUGUCUUAAAAUUGAUAAUCAAUGAUUACGUUUAGGUUAUACAUUUUGAAGGAUUGAUCAAAAGCGUCUUUAAUAUGAGUGAUUGAAUGAUUCGAAUGAAUACGUUGAGUAGAAGUGUUAUGCAAAGAAAUGUAUAAUUUUUCUAUACUUUUUGUAUUGAACCUAAUGCUGUGGACCUAAAUGUAGCCCAGUACACUGAGGGGGAAAAGACUCCACGGGAUUUGUUGAGUAGAAUUGAACAUCUGCCAAUGCAGCAAGUCCUGACUUGCUUUGCCCCAGUGGGGCAGUCUAACCCUCUGGUUCCUGCCUACAUUAUUUGUAUGAAAUGAGAAAAGGAUGGCUUUGUUCUCCAUGCUUGUUGCCUGGAGCUUCUAAAUGGAUAGCUGCAUUCUGUUAACGUUUACCAGUGCUGCUCCAUGUUAACUGUAUCGAAGGGAAGAUCACAACCAGCAAAACCUUUUAUUUUAUUUUUUUGCUCAAACAAAACCUUUCAGUGGUGCUGCCUGAGAAUCUCACACCCUGAUACAUGGGUCUUUAGGCACAGCAGGCUGAAGAGUAUUACUGGUUAUGGAAGCUGUCCAUUUGGAAUACAUGUACAAAUGCCAUUAAUGUUAAAAAAUGCACUUGGGUUAGCAGAGAUGCUCAUUUACUGAAAUCUGGCUGUUGCCAAAUGAUCGUUUCUGUUCCUGACCAAUCAUGAAGCUUAAUUCUGGGUGUGGAUUCAUUAGGCACUGACAAAGAUUUUUCAUACCUGUACGUGUACAGAAAAAUGAGUUCAGAGCUGUGCUAUUGUUUGAUUUAAUAACAGCUGAAGUUUUGCAGUUUUUCUGUUUUUUUUUUUAUGUAGAAAUGAGGGACAUGUAUUGCUAUUUUUCAACUGACACAAACUCUAGGUCACAGGGAUGAUGUCACCACUAUGAAAAAAUGUUGAUAAACUUUCUCAAACAGUGCCAUUGUGUCAAAUUAUAACUCAAGAGCAAACCAGCUUCUAAUCCAAAUUCAGCAUUGUUUUAACUGUCAAUUUCCUUCACUUAGAUUGAGUACUUUACAGUAGUUUAAAAAUGAACUCUGGAAUGUUUAUCUUUCAAGCGUUGUUAAACUUACUGUGCUAUAAGACAUUUUCAAAUAAUAAAAACACUAAGAUACAUUUC